GACGACUCGGAGAAGGCGGGCGGCCCAGGCCCAGGCCCCUCCCAGGCUCCGAGUCUCCCGGCUGCAGGCGGAUGGAUGGGGCGUCUCCAGGCGGCGGCGGCAGCAGCGGACGCGGCGGCGGCGGCGGCGGCUAUGGUGUGGUGGCUCGGUUCUCCCAGUGCCUGGCUGAGUUUCGGACGUGGUUAAGAACCAACUGGUUGAGGUUCAAUGCGGAGAAGACGGCUGUUAUGCUGAAAAUGUGCAUCAGAUGUUUAUGUUUAAUUGGUUUACAGACUGUCUCUGGAUUCUUUUCCUGUCAAAUUACCAGCCAUCUGUUGAUUCUUCAAGUCCAGAAAUGGAUGAAAUAUUUGACUGCCCAUGAAAGUACAGGAGGUUCAGCAACAUCAGAGGACCAUGAGUUUGAUCCAUCAGCUGACAUGCUGGUUCAUGAUUUUGAUGAUGAACGAACAUUAGAAGAGGAAGAAAUGAUGGAAGGAGAAACAAACUUCAGUUCUGAAAUAGAGGAUCUUGCAAGGGAAGGCGACAUGCCAAUCCAUGAACUUCUCAGCCUCUACGGUUAUAAUAGUGCUGUUCGACUACCUGAAGAAGAGGAGGAGGAAGAGGAAGAGGAGGAAGAAGGUGAAGAUGAUGAAGAUGCUGAUAAUGAUGACAACAGUGGCUGUAGUGGGGAAAAUAAAGAAGAGAAUAUAAAGGAUUCAUCAGGUCAGGAGGAUGAAACCCAGUCUUCCAAUGAUGAUCCCUCACAAUCUGCUGCUUCCCAAGAUGUUCAGGAAAUGAUCCGCCCACGUCGAUGUAAAUAUUUUGAUACAAAUAGUGAAGUAGAAGAAGAAUCUGAAGAAGAUGAAGAUUAUAUUCCGUCAGAAGACUGGAAAAAGGAAAUCAUGGUGGGUUCCAUGUUUCAAGCUGAGAUUCCAGUUGGCAUUUGUAGAUACAAAGAAAAUGAAAAAGUAUAUGAAAAUGAUGAUCAGCUUCUGUGGGAUCCCGAAUAUUUACCAGAAGAUAAAGUGAUUAUAUUUCUUAAGGAUGCAUCUAGAAGAACAGGUGACGAGAAAGGUGUAGAAGCAAUUCCUGAAGGAUCUCAUAUAAAAGACAAUGAACAGGCUUUAUAUGAAUUGGUGAAAUGCAAUUUUGAUACAGAAGAAGCAUUGAGAAGAUUAAGAUUUAAUGUAAAAGCAGCUCGAGAGGAAUUGUCUGUUUGGACAGAGGAAGAGUGUAGAAAUUUUGAACAAGGGCUGAAGGCCUAUGGAAAAGAUUUUCAUUUGAUUCAGGCCAAUAAGGUCCGAACACGAUCAGUUGGUGAGUGCGUAGCAUUUUACUACAUGUGGAAAAAAUCUGAGCGUUACGAUUUCUUUGCUCAGCAAACAAGAUUUGGAAAAAAGAAAUAUAAUCUUCAUCCUGGUGUAACGGAUUACAUGGACCGUCUUUUGGAUGAGAGUGAAAGUGCUGCCUCUAGUCGCGCUCCAUCCCCUCCCCCAACUGCCUCAAAUAGUAGUAACAGCCAGUCAGAAAAAGAAGACGGCACUGUCAGCAGUAAUAAUCAAAAUGGUGUGUCAUCCAAUGGACCAGGUGAAAUAUUAAAUAAAGAAGAAGUAAAAGUUGAAGGGUUACAUGUAAAUGGACCAACAAGCGGAGAUAAGAAACCACUUCAUACAGAUAUGGACACUAAUGGUUAUGAAGCAGAUACCCUAACCACUGACCCAAAACUUGCCCAUAUGACUGCAAGAAAUGAAAAUGACUUUGAUGAAAAAAGUGAGAGACCCACCAAAAGGCGACGGAUAAACAGUAGUGGAAAAGAAAGUCCAGGUUCUUCUGAAUUUUUCCAAGAAGCAAUCUCACAUGGAAAAUUUGAAGAUCGUGAAAACACAAAUGACUAAGUCUUAGACCUACUUUACUUUCUUUGCAGUAAAUUCUGGUAUGACUGAAAUUUUCAGGGUUGAUGGGUUACCUUUAGAAAGUUCAUUUCCUUGAAACCUUUGGUUUAAAAAAACUUGAAAAUAUGAAUUAUGCCCUAACUGUAGGAAAUUAGAUUGCAUCAUAUUCCCUUUUGUAGGUUCUUUUACUUCCAAAUUGUUAAAGGCCUUUUUAAGGAUAUAAAAAGAAAAGGUUUGGUAAAUACGGAUGACCCAAAGACCUAUAUGUACCGUCUCAUUUGAGACACUAAACAUAAAAUUUCACGAAGAGGUAAUUUUUCCUUAGUCUGAUAAGGAAGAAUGGAAAAACAAGUUUUUUGUUUCUGCUUAACACCACUUUUUCUGAUUUUCUUGAAAUGUAUUUACCACAGACAUUUUUAUCUCCAUACAAAUUAAACAAUCACCACUGAGGAAACCCUUGUGAAUCCUGAAAGUUAUGCUAGCAUGAUUUUUUUAUAUAUAGAAGUUUAAAAAUAAACCAAGUCAGGUUUGUAUAUGUAAAAUUGUUGACAUCAAUGAUGUCUUUCCAUAUUCUUAUCUGGGCUUAAGAAAUACAUUCUGUAUUUUUCCAGAUUCUUUGUAGCCUUUGAAAGAUUUUUACAGUACAUAUGUCUUGACUGAGCUGUCCUUUCUUAAUACAAAAGCUUGUAUAAUUUUCUUAACUUGUACAGUUGGUAAACUUUUAUGAGAGGAACUGAUUCUGAGUCUGUCAGCUUUCAUCUUAUUUUGCUAAGGUUUUUCUAAUCAAUUUGUAAGUGUUUGUGUAACUAACUAAGUCAUGUUUCUUAUCCAGGUGGUAAAGGAUUAUGAACAUUUUUUUUCUCCAAGCUUCUACUUAUGGACAAAUAGUUUGGGAAUUCUGAAGUUCGGCAUGAUACUCAGAUUGUAACAAAAAGCAAACAAAACAAGCUUUGCAAUUUUCAAAGUUGCUUUUGAAGCAGAAUAAGGCUCAUUGUCUGUGUCAGUGCUUAAAAAUGUAUCGUGCUGAUGAGACUUCUGCUCAGUUAUUUUUAUAUGCAUUAUAAGAUUUCCCACUCUUUCAUUAAAUUAACGGACGAUCAAAUGAUGUUUUGAUAUUGGCACAUCCAGGGAGUCACUGUUGACAAGCAGCAGUAUGGAUUUCAUGAGAAAAUAGUGGUUUUAGAAGUUUCAAACCUUUCCAGUUACAAUCAGGUUUUUCCAAAAUGAAACAAAUACAAAAUAAUCAUUGCCCUAUGUAAUUUUUAAAUAGGAUUAUCUAUGUACGGUAGCCUUGUAGGGUGCCAUUUUAUUUUUGUGCAAAACGCUUGUUUAAAUGUAGUUUUUUACAGCUGAUAGACCAAUCUGUUUCAAAAUUUUUUAAAUAAAAGAUUAUUAACCAUUCUUUUUUCACAGAGGCAUAUCCCAAAUGUUUCUUUCAAUUUGUUCUCAGCCAUCAGUUCAACAGCUGAUGCCUUUUAAAAAGAUCUUCAGUGGUCCUUUUAACGGCUCAGUUGUCUAGUGCGGCUUGAGUAGAGGUUUGCACUAAGAAAUUAUCUUCUAGGCCUUAUUCUUCAAAGUAUUUUUACUAACAUUUGAUCAGACUACUUCUUUUGCAAAGCGAAUACUUUGUUUUCCCCCCAAUCAGUGUUAGAAGCCACUUUUACAGCAAUUCGUACAUUCAGUGUUUCUACACAGAUACACAAGUAAAUCAGAACUUCAGGUGGAAGUGUUGAGAAGCAUGAGGGGUUUUUUUUGUUUGUUUUACUGAAAACAUUAAUUUAUCUAGAAUGGCAGUAGGUCACAUAGCUUUAGCAGAUGAUCAUGGUCUUUCCCCCUGUCCUUCCCACUUUUUAAGACAGAGUCUUACUCUGUAGCCCAGGCUGGCCUAGAACUUGCCAUCUUUCUGCCUCAGCCUCUUGAGUGCUGAGAUUAGAGGGUUUUCCACCUCAUCCAGCUACAGUCCAUCUCCUGAAUCAAGUUUUAAGAAUUGAACCUAGAGCAUCUUAGCUCUUCAUCAAAGAUGGUCUUUGGAAAUGUUUUAGAAGAGGAGUGAUGCUGCACUUUUAGUAACUGCAAUAUUAGAGGUGCCGUUUUCACCUUUUUAAAAAGAUGCAUCUGGUAUGCAGGUUUGUGACGUUCUUGAAACUAUUCCUAUAGGACAUUUUAAGUAAAUUCUCAGGCAUGUUGGCAAAUGUGCCAUGUGUAUAAAUAUUAGUAAAUUUUACUUUUCUUCUUAAAGUAUGCAUAAUGAAAAACAUUCCACUAUUACAUAAGGCUCAGCUUUUCAUAAAUAUGUCGCAUAUUUUGUGUUUCUACAGGUAAUUUCACACUUUGUUCAUAAUGCAGUCACUAUAACUUGAUAAGUCAUUGCACUAUUGAAACAUUUUAGUAAUAGGACUUUAAUUUGCUUAAGAUUUAUUACAUUUCAUUAACUCUUGAACUCCAUAAAUCGCACUGAGAAAAGACACCUUUGUUAGGGGCCGGGGAUGUAACACAGCUGGUAGAGCACUCAGUAUGCAUGAAACUCUGGGUUCCAUCCCCAGUACCACAUCAGCUGGUGCAUAUCUCCAAUCCCAGCACUUGGGAGGAGGAGGCAGGAGAAUCAGAAAUUCAGGGUCAUCCUCAUCUACAUAGUGAGUUUGAGGACAGCCUGGGAUACAUGAGACACUGUUUCGAAAAAGGAAAGCCUUUGUUAAUAGUCAUUUAGUCCCUAACAGAGCACUGUCAUUUUCAUUUGGAAUGUAUAAUGUUUUAUGAUGUAUUUUCUCUGUAAGGUUCAGAAUCUGUAAUUCAGUUCAACACAGAUCUGUUGGGCUUUAAAAUGUAUUUCAAAUAAUAUUUAAAUAGACAUUCAAAAUUAUGAAUUAGAUGUUUUUAAAUUUAUGCAUAAUAAUUUUGCACUGUAAAAUAUGUCCCCUCUCCCAUCUCCUUCUGCCAUUCUGAUACGCUCAUUAAAAUAUUUUUUAAACAUGUUUGUGUA